AUGGGUCAUCUUGGAGAUGGAGGGUGGGAAAUCUGUGACGAUCCAGAGGUUCGACCCGUUCCGCCAUGUUUAAUUUAUUCUUUCGGGAUUGGGAGAGAUUUUUCGUUUGAUGACGAAGCCGCCAGGUGGUACAAGUGUCACGUGUACAGCUUUGAUCCCACAAUUGAGUGGAAUAGCUAUAAUAGGUCCCACUUUGUUCACUUCUACAAUGUGGGGAUCGCUAAUAAAACCUACACGAACAAUAAGGGCUGGAAAUACUCAACCUUCUCGGACAUACGAGCAAUGCUCGGCCAUAAGCAGUCAUGCAUCAACAUCGUUAAAAUUGACGUGGAGGGCCACGAAUGGGACUCGCUGCUUCAAAUGACUUUGUCCGGCCAAUUGAACACUGUCAACCAGUUAUUAAUUGAGUAUCAUUUCAACUCCCUGACCCAUCGUUAUCUGCUGAAGUUCUUUAUAGUUCUACAAGGUGUGGAGUUAGCAGGCUUUGAGGUUUUCUACACUCAUAAGAAUGAGGGAUGUGGUUAUCGUGUGCAAGGGUUUCCUCCGAUUAAAAGUAGAUGCUUCGAAGUUCAUUAUCGUAGGCGAUAUAAAGUGUGUCAAAGUGCUAUUUAG